UGGCAUCUGUUGGAGGUGGAAUGCGAAGACAUCUGUUAUUGUUCUGUUUUUUUGUAAAUGAUGAGAUUAUUGAAGCUUGAGUUUGUUUGUUUGUUUUUUUUAAAUAAGGAGCAUACAAAAUAAGAUUAUUUAUUCACUCUUAAUUCAGGGCUUGAUUUGCUUUUUUGUGUUUUUAUUUUUACCUGUUUUUUGUUUUAUGAAUGAAAUAAAUGAAAAAUAAAUAAAAAUGAAAGUAUGCACAUACUUCCUAAGAACUGAUGACACAUCCUGAAGGGUGGGCCUUACUGGAAAUGACCACAUCCCUUCUCUGUGAUCUGUGCCCUUUUGCUUUUCUUUUCUUUUCUUUUUUCUUUGUCAUUUGGUAAGCUCUUUCAGUCGAAGCAUUUUCAAGCUGCUGGGCUUUAAGCUUUGAAAAUGAAAAGGGGAGCCAUGGAAAAACAUCAGAGCCCAAACCCAGCCAAACAGAGUCYGACACAGGAGGUGCUUUCAACUCCAACAACUUCUUCAGCUGUGUUUCCCAACUCAGAUGUCCUCGAGGAGAUUUUCCUGAACCUUCCUCCUCACAUGGUGGUUCGUUGUCGCCUAGUGUGCCGUCAGUGGAAGGAGGUGGCUGACCUAAACUCUCUCUGGAGAGAAAGGUGCAGACGAGAAGGCUAUCGUCAURCUGAGGCUUACAAGUUCCCUGAAGACUGGAGGUUGUUUUACUUCUUGUCCAAGAAGWGAAGAAAUUUUAUCAAGAACCCUAGUGGAGAAGAGGGGAUGAAAGCUUGGGACAUUUUGAAGAAUGGUGGGGACGGCUGGAGAGUUACAGAAGUGCCACAGCCUCAUCCAAAUGAGAAAGUCCGAACAACCUUUGCAAAUUCUUUUUACAUAGGUGAAAAGUCACAAACAAUUGAUCUAAGGAAGGAAGGUUACAACUCAUUCUUAAUGGAUCACUUCCAACCAGACAUACGGAUAUCUGACUGGAUUAUUUCCCGUUGGGAUUGUGGCUCACAGUAUCAUGUUCGUGUGGAGUUGCUCAAUAGCAAAAUGGAGCGUCUCCAUGUGUUUGCUCCUCAAACCGUUUACCUUAAAGCUUCAGCAUCUCGACACUGGAAUCAGAUGACGCAUAUAUUUCAAAACUACGGACCAGGAGUGAGAUAUAUCCGAUUUAUCCACGGAGGCAAAGAUACACGAUUCUGGAAAGGGUUCUUUGGAAUUCACAUCACUCAAACCUGCGUUGAGAUCUGCCCAGCGAUGUGUGAGUCGGGUACAAGCUUGGGGAGAACUGACGGAGAUGAAAUGAGAAAAGCAAAAUCUCAUGUGUGCAACAUUUCCUGAUCAGUCCUGUACAGUUUGUGUAGAAACAACGGAAACUGUCACCAACAGUAAAGAAUACUUAAAACUGAUUUUAGAGUAGCUAAACUGAUUAAAAAAUAAAAAAGGACCAUUACUGUACUAUGUGCUUGCUUACAUAAUAAAUGGUCAUGAUCAGUUUUAGUUUUUUGCAUUUUUUCUUUACCAGUUUUUWAAAUGAUUUAUAUCUAGCCUCAAAUGUACAAAAACACACAACAGAUUUUAUCAUGUCAUUAUAGUAGCAAACAAAAAAAUAAGCCAAAAUGGAAAUGUGUUUGAAAAACCCUMGUUUAUCUGAUUAAAUCCAGAAGCUUGUAGAUCCUUCUUUAUCGUCACUGAUUAGUCAGUUUUUUGUGUCUCACGUGAACUUUGGCUCAAUAUUCAAAAUAAUGUUGCAACAACAGCUGCUCCUCUAAGCUCACCGCUGACGUCUUUCUUCCUUAGCUCUGUGCUAACCCAGCAUGCUCCAGAGCAGUAAACUCUGGUCUCUUUUGCUGACGGUCAGUUAAUCAGGUGCGUUUGAUUAGCACUGCGGUUUCCCUUUUUAAAAAAUAUAUACGUAGUUUUUCACWUGCAGCUUUUUCAGUGGGUCUGCUGUUUUUGUACAUUUGAGGAUUUUAGUAAAUCCUGAUAUUCUUCACAACUGUGUUUGUGAUCAGAUGUUUGCUGUUAAUCUAUUUAUUUAUUUUAGUAAUGUGAAAUAAUGUGUACAUGCUGCCAGYGCAAGUGUUUACUCAUUUGGAUUUAUAUAUUUUAAGAAAGAGCACUAGAUUUCCUAUUAAUGCACUUUAUUUAAUGAUGUUUACAUAGAGUUUAUUUACAAUGUCAUUGAUUGGAUGCUGAAAUGUAGGAAAYAAGCCAAAGGUCUUUCUUUCACAAGUCAUUCAUCAGUUGGUAAAAGAAAAUACUUUCUGAACUGAUAUUGUAUGUUUACUUAAAUAUUUGKUUUGUAUUGUUCAUUUUACUCAUUAAAUGUUCUCCCAAA